AUGAAAAGAAAGAAGAAGCAAAACCUGCUCCAGCUCCUGCUCCUGAGCCUGCAAAACCCGCAGCUGCAGCUGCCACUCCUGCUGAUGGAGCUGCCAACCCAGAUGGAGAAGAGCCAGAGCCGUGAGGAGCCAGAGAAGCCAAAGCCGAUUGUGAUUAACCGUUAUUCAGACGACCUGCUGAGAGAGGUGGCCCAUCGCAUUAGAGAGCGCACAGUAAUAUUUAAGGAAAAGGUCGUGGACCCUUACGCCUCUUCACCAGAACACAGCCCACCUCCCACACCUGUCUACCGGGUACCAGAUUGGAUCAAAAAGCAAGAGGCAGACAGGAUUGCAAAAGAGGAGGCAGAAAGGAAGAAAAAGGAGGACGAUGAGCGGAAGGCGAAGGAAAAGAAAGAGAAGGAUGAGAAGAUGAAAGAGCAAAAAGAGAAAGAAAAGAAGGAGCUGGAAGAGAAGCUGAAAGAGGAAGAGGCCAAUAAACCGAAGGAGGUUCGCCUACUCCCAAAGUGCAGCUGUGCCUGGCUGGAUAAAAUACUGGCGCCCCUAGAGGACAAAAUGGACGAGUAUUUGGGAAAUACAGUAGACCCUUUCACAGAUAUGCGUUACAUUAAGUGGAUGUUUGUGGUGACGAUUGCCUACAAUUACAACGUCUGGCUGAUUCCGUUGCGCAUGUGCUUCCCAUACCACACAGAGGAGUCCAUACCCUACUGGAUCUUCUUUGACAUCCUGUUUGACCUUGUGAUGAUUUUCGACAUCAUCGUUUUCCGCCAACGGUUACAAUUUGUAAAAGGUGGCGACAUUAUUAAAGACCGAAAAUUGACCAAAGAAAACUACAGAGCGUCCCCUGUCUGUAAGAUGGACAUGAUAAGUAUCAUUCCAUUUGACCUUCUGUCCUUCCAAUUUGGAUUCUUGUCAGUGUUCAGGGUGAAUCGCUUUGCAAGAAAUGAUUCUUUUAACGAGUUCAGUGAUCGUCUGGAGAGCAUCAUGAAACAAGCUUACAUCUGGAGGGUGACUCGAACAAUUGGCUACCUAUUGUACAUGCUUCACCUCAAUGCCUGCAUCUACUAUGUGGCCUCAGCCUAUCUGGGUCUUGGCACUUCUAAGUGGACCUAUGACGGACAAGGAAAUGCGUACCUGCGUUGCUACUACUAUGCCACUCGAACGCUGAUCAACAUUGGCGGUCUGCCUGAGCCCACCACUGUAUUUGAGAUCGCUUUUCAAAUGUCCAACUUCUUCGUGGGUGUCUUUGUCUUCUCCAGUUUGCUUGGACAGAUGAGGGAUGUCAUUGGAGCAGCAACGGCUGGCCAGACGUACUUCCGCAACUCCAUGGACAACUGUGUGGCCUACAUGGUGGCCAACCGCAUCCCCAAGCUGGUGCAGCACCGCGUCAGGACCUGGUACAACUACACCUGGGACGCGCAGGGCAUGCUGGAUGAGGGGGAAUUGCUGGACAGGAUGCCUACUGUGAUGAAAACAGCUAUAGCGGUGGACAUCAACAUGGCCACUUUCCAGAAGAUUGACCUCUUCAAGGGCUGUGACAACCAGAUGAUGAUUGACAUGUUGCUGCGACUCAAAUCCAUUAUCUACCUGCCAGGAGACUUUGUAGUGAAAAAGGGAGACAUUGGUAAGGAGAUGUACAUCAUCAAGUCUGGAGCUGUGCAGGUGGUGGGUGGCCCGGACAACUCCAUCGUUUUUGUGACGCUGAAGGCUGGCUGUGUGUUUGGGGAGAUCAGUCUGUUACAGUCCUCAGCCAACGGAGGCAACAGGAGGACGGCUAACGUGAAGGCUCACGGCUUCGCCAACCUGUUCGUGCUGGAAAAGAAGGAUCUGUUCGACAUCUUGGUGCACUAUCCAAACUCUCAGAAAGUUCUGGCAAGAAAGGGAAAGAAGCUGAUGAAGGCCAAGGGUCCGGGGGCUGCCAAGGCAGAGGAGGACAAGAAGAAGGCCAUGACGCUCUUCACUCAGAAGCCCCAGACACCCAAGCUGCUGAGGGCCUUCGGUGGCCUGGGGAAAGGAGGCUUCUUGGAUAAACUCAAGGCUGCAGCUGCUGAACAGAAAUAGUAAUAAAGCGCUGGCAUUGUAUGUCUGCAUGUGGACGCUAUGGGCUGGGUUAACUUCACUGCAUGGACACAGUUUUAAAACAAUGAACUGAUACAGUACACCAAAAUAAAUAUACACGCACAUGUGACCACCUCGAGAGGAAUACAAUUGUCUGAGGGGUCAGUUGUGCUGGGUCCAGAGAGGUGGGGGGAUUUGGAGCCCCAUUACAUUCCAUGUAUUAGGUGAGGAGGUGGAGGCCCCUUCAGACGACUUUCCACUGGGCCCAGCCAAAGCUGUCAGCAGCCCUGAAUGGCAUCAUAUUUUUGAACAGUCAUGCUAAGAUGGAUCAGACAAUGUACUCCGAAAAAAAUGCCCAUGUAAAGGUAGUUAAGAUGUAUAAUGUGCACACCAGGGAUGCAAUUCUAAACCUUCUUUGCAUUUGUGAUUGGCGGAUGAAAAAUAUUUCCAGAUAUUAUAGAAAAUCUAUUUCUAAAUGUAUGGUACUUAAUUUGUAGGUAAUUCAUUUUGUUUGGGCUUUUAUCUGUUGUACUUCAUCAUUGUGUUUUAAGUGGCUUCUUGGCUGUGAUUACUUGGGGAAAAUACUGCUUUAAAAGGAAUUUUCACAGUUUUUUGCAAUGGUUUUUCCCGAGUUGUAAUGGUUUUUUAUGAGCUCCUUAGACCUAAGGCUAACACCUCCACUGACUGCAGAUGGUCAGAGCAAAAAGACAGAGGAGGCAGGGAUCAUCAUUAGUAGUCAUGAUAUUGUUUUUUUAUUAUUAAGCUUGUAGUCAUGUACAAUAAACAGCUCAUGGGAACAUUUUACAGAUAUAGGGAGGCCAUACAUAUGUCAUAUAGCAAAAGUGAAAUGUAAAGCAAGAUAGAUCUGUCAACAUGAUUUGUGCUGUUUGUUUGUCAUUAGCGUGAAUAGAGAAUGUAUUUCUUGAUGUACAAAAUAAUCCAAGGAACAUUUCCUUGUAAUUUUCUGGUUAUGCUCUCAGGGAGAAUAUUACAUCUCAUUUGUGAGAUGAUGGCUUAUAAAGUCAACUGUAGCACUUUUCAUUUAAGUUGUAAACUAAACCCAUGUCCUGACAAUAAAGUGUGUGAAUAACAAGAAGUGUUAAAAAUAAAUAAAUAAUAUAUUUGUCAAGGCCUAGUUUUGGCAGGGGUGUGUGUGUGUGCACGCACAUGCGUGUGUGCGUAUGUGUGUGUGUGUGUGUGUGUGUGUGUUCUAUUAAUCUCUGAUAUAUCCUGU